AUGAUUGGCCUCUCGUUCGUCCUGCUCGCAAUGGCGGCCUCGCUCACGGCGGCUACACCCACGCCCGAAGCGCGCUGGGCUAACAUGCAGGUCAAGCAUGCAUGGGAGCGUUUGCCUGCGAAGUGGUCCGCGCGCGGGCUACCGGAGGAUGGGACCACCAUCGACCUGCGCAUCAAGCUCAAGUCACACGACAGCGACGCGAUCAUCAAGGCGCUGUACGAGGUCAGCGAUCCCAAGAGCGCGAGCUACGGCGACCACCUGAACAAGGACGAGGUCGCCUCGCUCGUCGCGCCUCACCCCGACACUCAUAGCAUCGUCUCUGAGUGGCUCGAGGACCAUGCCAUCCCGGCUGACACCGUCCGCCCCGUGCUUCACGGCGACUGGCUCAUGCUUGAGGCCGUCCCCAUCUCCACCGCAAACACUCUGCUCGGCGCGUCGUACGAGAUCUUUGAGAACCUGGAGACGGGAGACAGGGUCCUUCGCACGACGUCGUACUCUCUCCCCGCGGAUCUCCACGACCACAUCUCCCUCGUGUCUCCGACUACGUUCUUCGGCGGCAUGCGCCCUAUGAAGACGACGUAUCAUCUGGAGCCCGAGGCGCCCAUUGUGAAGGAGGACUCGGCUCUGCGCGCGGAGGUUCUUUCUACGGGCGCUGUUCCGUCUUCUUGCGCUUCGAGCAUUACCCCGGCGUGUCUGCAGGCCUUGUAUAACACUACCGGAUAUACGCCUAAGGCUACUGAUGUCAACGUUCUCGGUGUUGCCGGAUACCUCGACGAGUACGCGAACUUCGCUGACCUUACGACCUUUGCGAAGAAGUACUUGACCAACGCUGCGGAUGCGACGUUCACCGUCGUACAGAUCCAGGGUGGUGGCAAUGACCAGAGUGACCCCGGUGUGGAGGCCAACUUGGACAUCCAAUACACCACUGCGGUCUCGUACCCCACCCCUCAGAUCUACUACAGCACCGGCGGCUCGCCUCCCUUCGACCCGUCCGAGGGUACGCCGACGAACACGAACGAGCCGUACCUCGACUUCCUCGAUUACCUUCUGUCCGCGGACACUAUCCCGCAGACCUUGACCACCUCCUAUGGUGACGAGGAGCAAACGGUACCGGAGGACUACGCCGUUGAGGUGUGCAACCUCUUCGCGCAGCUUGGCUCCAGGGGCACGAGUGUCAUGUUCAGCUCCGGAGAUGAGGGUGUUGGUAGCGACUGCGUGACCAACGACGGCACCAACACAAGGAAGUUCAUACCCGAAUUCCCGACCAGCUGCCCAUACGUCACGUCCGUCGGUGCCACCAACGGCAUCAACCCUGAGAAGGCCGUAUCCUUCUCUGGUGGAGGCUUCAGCAACUACUUCGCCACUCCCUCGUACCAGAGCAGCGUUGUAGCCUCGUACGUGAGCAGCCUCGGCACGACGUACUCCGGUCUGUACAACAAGACCGGCCGCGCGUACCCGGAUGUCGCUGCGCAGGGCGUCAACUUCCAGGUCGUUAUUGGCGGCCGUACUAGUGGGGUCUCUGGCACGAGCGCUUCGUCUCCGGCCUUCGCCGGUGUUGUGAGUCUCUUGAACGACUACAGGCUCUCGCAGGGCAAGUCCAGCCUUGGCUUCUUGAACCCCUUGUUCUACUCAACUGCUGCGUCUGGCUUCAACGACAUCACGAGCGGCUCAAACCCAGGAUGCUCGACCAACGGCUUUUCGACUGCAAAGGGCUGGGACCCCGUGACGGGUUUGGGCACGCCUAACUUCGGGAAGUUGCAGACACUCGUGUAG